ACCGACAAACCGGAAGUUACGCUACGGUUUGUGGAAUGUGAGUAGCAACACAACUUCCGUUACCCACGUGUGUACGGGGGAAAUAAUUUCAGAUCAGCUUAAAAAGUCAUAAAACCAGCACUAUAUAAAAGUCUCGGUCUGUGAAUAAAGAGUGGUUAUAAAAUGGCGGAUUUGGUGCAGCAGCGGAUUGAGGACCGGAUCCCGGCGCUGGAGCAGCUGGAGAGAGUCGGGCUGUUCACCAAGAAAGAAGUGAAAUCGAUACUGAAAAGAUCCACAGCUCUGGAAUAUAAACUUCACAGAUCCGUGCAGAGUAAAGAUGAUUACAUUACCUACAUACAGUAUGAAAUAAACGUGCUGGAGCUCAUCAAGAAGAGAAGAGCCAGAAUCGGCUACCACUUCAAAAGGGAGGACAUUGAGUUCCCCAUGAUCCAGAGAAUCAACAGCGUGUUCAGGAGGGCAACGUCAAAGUGGCAGGAGGAUGUGCAGCUGUGGCUCUCUCAGGUUGCCUUCUGUAAGCAAUGGGGGAUGAAGGGUCAACUCAGCAAGGUCUUCUCCUCCAUGCUGGCCAUCCACCCCGACAAACCCAAUUUAUGGAUCAUGGCAGCCAAGUGUGAGAUGGAGGACAGGAAUUCGUCUGAAAGCGCUCGCCACCUCUUUCUCAGAGCGCUUCGCUUCCAUCCGGAGAAUAAAAAGGUUUACCAGGAGUAUUUACGGAUGGAGCUGAUGCACGCCGAGAAACUGCGCAAACAACAGCAGGAACUGGAACGCGCCCAAAUUGACAUCGGUGAGUACGAGUUUUCUCCGGAGAUCUUGAGUGGCAGGCUGGCUGAAGUUGUGUACAAAGAUGCCACGCAGAAAAUUAAAGGAGCGGAGUUUAUGCUCUCACUGCUGCAGAUCGCUGCCAUUUUUGACUUCACGAAAGAGCUGCAGGACUCCAUCCUCCAGGAUCUGCAGAGUCAGCACACUGAUGACUCCGUGACCUGGGACUUCAUGGCUCGUCGGGAGCUGGAGGUGGGCGGGACUCCCGAACUGCACUCAGCCCAGAGUCGUGCCGCUGACAUCAGGAGCAGAGAGGAGCGUUGCGGUGCUGUCUAUGAGGAGGGACUCAAGAACCUCAACACAGAACCCAUGUGGACGUGUUAUGUAACGUUCUGUUUGGACCGAUUUAAGAGGAAAACGAACGUCAUCGAGCUGAAGGAAAAGAGAAGAGAGCGGCUGCUUGGUGUCCUUCAGAGAGCUCAUGAUGCCUCACUGCUGCAGGAGGCUUUCUACAGGACCUGGCUGGAGGUCUUGAUCUCAUCCGAGAAAACACAAGCCGCCAUUCAGGUUGCCAUAGCAGCCGCUAAACGCUUCAGUAAAUCGGUAGAGAUGUGGACGUUGAGCUUGCAGACAUUGGUACGUUUAGAGAGCGAGGAGGCGGGGCCUCUGUUCCAGGAAGCAAUGAAGCUUGUGAAUCCCAAGGACACUUUGCCACUGUGGAAGCUUCAGGCCGAGUGGAGCAUCACGUCGCAGCCUCCAGAUGAAACAGAAGCUCUGUUUCAGAAAGCUUUGUUAACCCAUGUCCCGGCCGUUUCCACGGCGAUGAAGGAAAUCUACCUGCAGUGGGCCUACAGGACUGGUGGCUACAAAAAAGCCAGGAAACUUUUCACCAGCCUGCACGAGCACCGACCUUUCUCCAAAACCUUCUUCACCACGAUGGUUCAGAUCGAGAAAGAACAAGAGAAGCCGAAGAUGAGUCACCUGAGAGAUUACUACGAGCGAGCUCUGCGCGAGUUUGGCUCCUCCGACGAAGAUCUGUGGAUGGAUUACAUCAAAGAGGAGCUGGGUAUCCAUGGCAGUGCUGAGAAUUGUGGGAAACUCCACUGGAGGGCCAUGAAGAACCUGACCGGAGAGAGUGUGCAGCGCUUCACAACACAAUACACACUGCUGCAGACCGGCCACAUCUAGAAAAAACACACACGCACACAAAAAACCCAUGAACCUCCCUCUGAAGUAAAAAAUAAAAAAAUAAAAAAAUUAUGCAUUAAAGGAACAGAUCAGUCAUGUACACGAUGUCACUUUACUAUAGAAGUUCAGACAUUGUUCAGGUUUUACAUUUGGAUGAAUUGAUUUAUUUAAUGAACAUGACCUUUAGUAACCUUUAAUAUGCCACCAGGACUUCCUGAUUGGACUGCAUUUAACCUGAAGCUGUAAAACUGACCCUCAGUGUGUAAAGUAUGCAAUUUAAUUGUGUAUUGUGGGUCUUUUUUUUUUUUUUUUUCCUUUUUUUUUUGGGGUGGGGGUGGAUCACAUCUUGUAUUUGCAUUUUGUUAAUAUCUCAGAUGUUUUUUUUUUGUUGUAUUUCAGAAAUAAACACUUUUUUCAGAGAGUGUA